AUGAACGGGACAGAGGGCCAAGACUUCUAUGUGCCCAUGUCCAACAAGACUGGGGUGGUGCGGAGCCCCUUUGAGUACCCCCAGUACUACCUGGCUGAGCCCUGGAAGUUCUCGGCACUGGCUGCCUACAUGUUCAUGCUGAUCCUGUUCGGCUUCCCUGUCAACUUCCUCACGCUGUACGUCACCAUCCAGCACAAGAAGCUCCGGACGCCUCUAAACUACAUCCUUCUGAACCUGGCGGUUGCCAACCUCUUCAUGGUUUUUGGAGGUUUCACAACCACCAUGUACACUUCGAUGAACGGGUAUUUUGUCUUUGGAGUAACAGGGUGCAACAUCGAAGGCUUCUUUGCUACGCUGGGUGGCGAAAUUGCUCUCUGGUCGCUGGUUGUCCUGGCUGUUGAAAGAUACGUAGUGGUCUGCAAGCCCAUGAGCAACUUCCGCUUCGGGGAGAACCAUGCCAUCAUGGGCGUUGCCUUCUCCUGGAUCAUGGCCUUGGCGUGUGCGGCUCCCCCGCUGUUUGGCUGGUCCAGGUACAUCCCCGAAGGCAUGCAGUGCUCGUGCGGGAUCGACUAUUACACUCUGAAGCCAGAGAUCAACAAUGAAUCUUUCGUCAUCUACAUGUUUGUGGUUCAUUUCACGAUCCCGCUGACAGUCAUUUUCUUCUGCUACGGGAACCUGGUUUGCACUGUCAAGGAGGCUGCCGCCCAGCAGCAGGAGUCUGCCACCACCCAGAAGGCGGAGAAGGAAGUCACCCGCAUGGUUGUCAUCAUGGUCAUCGCCUUCCUGAUCUGCUGGCUCCCCUACGCCAGUGUCGCUUUCUACAUCUUCACCAACCAAGGGGCAGACUUCGGGCCCAUCUUCAUGACCAUCCCGGCUUUCUUUGCCAAGAGCUCUGCCAUCUACAACCCUGUGAUUUACAUCGUAAUGAACAAACAGUUCCGUAACUGCAUGAUCACAACCCUCUGCUGCGGCAAGAACCCGCUGGGCGAUGAGGACACGUCUGCUGGCAAGACAGAGACCUCCUCCGUCUCCACCAGCCAGGUCUCUCCCGCGUAG